UUUCAACUUUGAACUUUCAACUCGCCACCUCUACCUUUGCACUUUUAUCUUGGUACAAAUACCGCGCAAGGGGUGGAUACGGGCUUUCUGUCACAGAUACAGUUCAGACUCCAUUCUUUUGUCGCGACCGCGAGCCCUAUUCUGAUAAUAUCAUCAAAAUGGCGGAGGAAGAUGCAGAGAUAGCUCUCCUACAUCAGCUACAGGCAGGGCAGGAGAGUGUUGCUUGGGGAACUGAUGGUGAAAAUGGAGCCGCUGAGGGCGAGCUACCUUCAAAUACUGAAGAUAACAACGAACAAGACAAGAAACAAACAGUUGCAGAUGAUCAAGUUCUUCGUGCUUUCCCCCCCUCAGGCUCUGGUGCUGUUUCCGAUGGUGGUGAUCACAAUCCAUCUUCUGUCACUUCUGUCCCAGCAGUUACCAUUGCAGGAGAAGAGCAAUCCCGAUCUAGUUCGAGGUCAUCAUCGCGAAAGCCAAAAACUGUGGGUGGAUUUCUAGCGGAUGAUUCUGACGAGGAAUCCGAUGAAUCAACCCCAGUACAGAUCUCGACCGGCCCUCAACAAGCCGCUCCUAGCACUGUUAAGCGAACAAUAUCCCCUUCUCCGUUGCAAGUGUCUGUUACACCACGAGAUUUGCAAAGCCCUAUACAGAAUCAAGAUGAUUCACAUUCUGGUGCAUUAUCAUCGAAUACCCUUUCUGUGAACUCAAGUGUUGCUGGAGUCACCCCAUCUUUGCAAGCUCCUACAACACAGACACUUACAUCUGCAGCACCAUCAACCUCUGUCCAAAGUACAUCUGCCCCAAAAGCUCGCCUGCCGCAUGACAGAACAGGUAUUCUCGAAGACCGAAUUAAGGAGGAUCCUCGGGGAGACAUAGAUGCAUGGCUGUCUCUAAUCUCUGAACACCGAAAGCGCAACAAGCUUGAUGAUGCAAGGGCAGUCUACGAGCGGUUCUUCAAGGUCUUUCCUCAAGCUGCCGAGAUUUGGGUCGAAUACACUGAGAUGGAGCUCGAGAAUGACAAUUUUGGCGCUGCUGAGCUGAUUUUCGGCAAAUCCUUAUUAGCCGUCCCAAAUGUACAGCUUUGGUCCACCUACCUGAACUAUAUUCGACGCAUGAACGACUUAACCAACGAUGCAACGGGGAAUGCCCGUACUACAGUGUCGCAAGCAUACGAUUUCGUGUUGGCCAAUAUAGGAAUUGAUAGGGAUUCUGGAAGAAUAUGGCAGGAAUACAUACAAUUCGUCCGCAGCAUACCCGGUCAGCUUGGAGGCAGUAGCUGGCAGGAUCAACAGAAAAUGGAUCUUUUGCGAAAGGCAUACCAACGUGCUAUUUGUGUUCCCACGUCAAGCGUUUCAGGCUUGUGGAAGGAGUAUGACCAAUUUGAGAUGGGACUGAAUAAAAUGACUGGUCGCAAAUUCAUACAAGAGCGAUCUCCGGCUUACAUGACUGCUAGAAGUGCCAAUACUAUGCUGGAGAACCUCACUCGGGGACUGAUCAGAACUACUUUACCAAAGCUUCCACCCGCCCUUGGCUUUGAAGGAGAUGGGGAGUACUUGCAGCAGGUUGAACUUUGGCACAAAUGGAUAUCAUGGGAGCAAGAAGAUCCAUUAGUAUUGAAACCAGAUGAACCAGAGGUCUAUAAACAGCGGGUGCUCUAUGUUUACAAGCAGUCCUUGAUGGCCUUACGAUUUUGGCCCGAGAUGUGGGUCAACGCAGCUGAAUGGUGCUUUGCCAAUGGCUUGGAAAAAGAGGGAGAUGCGUUCCUGUCAGAUGGGAUUGCAGCAAAUCCUGAAAGUUGUUUACUUGCCUUCAAAAAAGCGGACCGUCUUGAAAGCACCCUGCCAACGGAAGAAGCGGACAAAGGCCCAGCUGAGCGAGGGGCGAUCGUUCGCGCCCCGUUCGACAAACUUCUUGAUUCCUUGUACGACUUGAUCAAACAACUGAAGAUCCGGGAAGCUCGAGAGUUGGCUAAGGUUGAGGAAUCAGCCGCUGUUGACGCAAAUAUAAGUGCUAUUAUUGCAAAAGCGGAGGAUGAGGAUGAAGAACGUGAUGCCGACAGAGAAGCUAGAGAAACGGCAAAGGCCAACCAGCAGAAAGCAAUUCAACAAGGCUACGCUACACAAACUCAGAUGCUUUCGAGAACUAUCUCUUUUGUCUGGAUUGCUCUCAUGCGUGCUAUGCGUCGGGUUCAAGGAAAGGGUGCCGUAAAGGAUGCCAUAGGCGGUUCAAGGCAAAUUUUUGCUGAUGCUCGUGCGCGCGGCAAGAUCACGAGCGACGUCUAUGUAGCCAGCGCCUUGAUUGAACACCACGUUUAUAAGGACCCGGCAGGUACCAAGAUCUUCGAGCGAGGCGCCAAACUCUUCCCAGAAGACUCGAACUUUAUCUUAGAAUACUUGAAGCACCUGCUAUCCAUCGGAGAUACCACUAAUGCUCGUGUCACUUUUGAGACAUCUGUCAGCCGACUGACGGCGAAGCCUGAGCUUCUCCCAAAGGCAAAACCCUUGUAUUCAUACUUUCACAAGUACGAAUCUAAAUAUGGCGAACUCUCUCAGAUUAGGAAGCUCGAACAACGUAUGGCGGAGCUGUUUCCCGAAGAUCCCAAGCUUCUUCGCUUCGCCUCACGAUACAGUGGAGACAGCUUUGACCCUACCGCAGUCCGCCCUAUAGUGUCUCCCGCAAGUCAGAUGCGUCCGAAGAAUAUCGUGCAAUCUAUUGAGAAACCGGCAUCGGUCCUAGACAGUCCACGACCUCAAUACAUUCAGGAUAAUAGUCCGAGACCGCAAUACAUACAACAAACCAACUCUCCAAAACGUCCUCUCCCUACUGAAGACUUAGAGAGUGAUCUCAAUCGUCCACGAAAGCUUGCUCGUGGUGAAUCUCCACUGAAAGGUGCGGCAGGGCGAAGACUGGAUCAACAGAAGCGAAUGCAACAGGCGCAGGGCGCUCCGCAGUGGCAAAGUAAUGCUCCUCCAUUUGUCAUCCCCCGAGACGUUACAUUCCUCCUUAGUAUUAUUCCACGAGCCGAUCUCUACACGGCUACAAAAUUCAAUCCAGAAGCGAUGGUGAGACUGUUAAAUCAAACAAAUAUUCCAGAUUAUAUGGCGUGGAAAGCAUCGAGGGAUCAGCCCCAGCAUCAUCGAUAUGAUGGAUAUUCUUAUGGUCGAUAGACUCCGUUGACGAGGAUAGUCUUGAAUAAAUUGUAGCAGGAGAUGCGGAGGGAUUGCUUCGAUGAUCAUGGAAAAUCUUCCUUGCUUUCUCACUUUGUAUUCACAUGAAUUUAAGAACACAUGAGGGAAA